AUGUCUUUGCUGAAAAUACCGGAUGUCGUGAUGAAGUGUAUUAUGAAAAAAUUGGAUUUUGAAUCGAUCCAAAACCUCCGAAAGGUGUGUCGCACUUUUCGAAAUUUUAUAGAUGAGAAUAAAAUUGAUAAUAAUCUUGCUGGAAUCAUUGUGGGAUUCUAUCAAACAAAAAUCAAAUUGAUAUUGCGAACUGAAGUGAAAUAUUUGGACUUUUGGUAUCAAAAAGAGGAAAAUGGAUGUUUGGUGGUGAAAGAGAAAAGGAUGGAUCCUCCAGACAAGGUACAUCUAGAGAAAAAUGCAGAUUUCGUUGACGUCUUCCUUCGAGAAUUCAAAAUUCUCAUGGAUCAUCAGAAAUCGGUACUUGAAGAGAUUUAUGUUGGAUUCCACGAACAGUUUGGAUCAGAGCUGACAGCGGAUGCUCAAAGAAUGAGCAAUGGAAUCGAAUCAACUUUAAAGUCCCGUAAACAAUUCCUUCGUGUUGAACGGAUGUAUCUGUUGAUGAUAAGCCAGGAAAACGUUAUGAAAAUUCUACCACAUCUCGAUCCGGCGUUUCUGGAAAGAAUUGACCUGAAUCAUUCACAGGAGUAUCCCAAAAGAUUAUUCGCCAUUGACAAAUUGAUUGUUUUGGAGCAAUGGAAAAGAGCUAUGGGAUUGGGGAUUUGGCGAUGCUUGAUUUCGGAAUCAAUUCAAAAUUUGACUCAUUUUAUUAAAGCUGAAUUUGUACAAAAUCAGUGUUCUAUGGAGAUGUUGUCAAAUCUGAAAGAGAAUCUAUCCAAGUCAAAUUGGUUUAACAUGUUUAGAAUUUACUUUGAAAACUACCAAACUGACGAUGAGAAGAUGAUAUUCACAAUUUUCGGACAACCUUAUGAAGAUAAGGAUCAAUGGAGGCUUCCAAGAAAACGCUGUUUCUCAAGAAUCACUGGUAGCGAUCAAGUGAUUUCUCUGAAAAUGGUGAAUCUGGGAAGAGUGAAUGGAGUUUGGAUCUAUCGUCUGCCUAUCGCUUUCGUACCGAAAAAAGUUUCGAAAAAGCAAUUGUUGAAAUAG